GGGGAGUUUGUCGGCUUACCUUCCUCAGUCUAGAAGUUUCUGAGCACCGCCACAUCUCGUCUGUGGGAAGCACCAGGACAGCCCCCGGAGCCUUUAGCACCGAAUCCCCUGCCCCACCCUCCCCUGCGCCAACCGCGGAGGUGUUCCGGGAAGAGCUGAUCUCGGGCGAGGCCGGGGACGCCGCGAAUCUCCAGUCCCCCGUCCCCGCGGCUGACAGCAGCGCCCUGCCCGGGGCCACUGUGCAGAGGCCUCGCCGGGGAGCACGGGCCGGGCACGGGGCCACCAUGUCCAACCCCUUCCUGAAGCAAGUUUUCAAUAAGGACAAGACUUUCCGGCCCAAGCGCAAGUUCGAGCCGGGCACCCAGCGGUUCGAGCUGCACAAGAAGGCACAGGCGUCGCUGAACGCGGGGCUCGACCUGAAGCUGGCCGUGCAGCUGCCCCCCGGCGAGGAGCUCAGCGACUGGGUGGCCGUGCACGUGGUGGACUUCUUCAACCGCGUCAACCUCAUCUACGGCACCAUCGGCGACGAGUGCACGGAGCAGUCCUGCCCGGUCAUGUCCGGCGGCCCCAAGUACGAGUACCGCUGGCAAGACGAGCACCAGUUCCGCAAGCCCACGGCGCUGUCGGCCCCCCGCUACAUGGACCUGCUCAUGGACUGGAUCGAGGUGCAGAUCAACAACGAGGAGCUCUUUCCCACCCACGUUGGCACGCCGUUCCCCAAGAACUUCCUGCAGGUGGUGAGGAAGAUCCUGUCGCGACUGUUCCGCGUGUUCGUGCACGUGUACAUCCACCACUUCGACCGCAUCGCGCAGAUGGGCUCCGAGGCGCACGUCAACACCUGCUACAAGCACUUUUACUACUUCGUCAAGGAGUUCGGCCUCAUCGACACCAAGGAGCUCGAGCCGCUGAAAGAAAUGACUGCACGGAUGUGCCACUGAGCGCCGCUCGGCCCUGCGGCCACCGAGGCAGUGCCCAGGGGACGCUCUAGCCUGAGGGCCACGUCUCCGGAACAUGGGCCCGUGCUUUCUAGAAAGCCCAGCAAGUGAUCGGAGCUCCAUGCUGUCGCGGCUACACUGAGCGCCAGGGUCGAGUCCUCCCCGAUCCCAGAUGCAGCAGCCGUGGGUCUGGCCACCCUGAGCCCGUCUUCUCGGCCGGCAUUGAACUUGGACUCCAUGGUUGUAUGUGUUGGGCACCUGGGGAAACCCACUGUGUUUGUAAAGCACUUGCGUUUGCCCAGUGGGCCCACACGGACCUGUGCCCUGCGGGCAGCCGGCGCCUGGGAGCCCCGUGUCUGCUUCACGACAGGUACGACAGGGACCCCACAGCCUGCCUCCCGGCCCCCCCGGGCCCCUUCGUGGAUCAUGAAAGAUACGAUUUUUCUUUUCCUAUACGUGAGCCUGCCUCCCCCUUUAGAAAAAUAUCCCCUCUCCCGUGUGGACAACACAGGAUGAGUCCCCUGGAACCGCUCUCCUGGGCGGGAUCUUUGAGUCUUGCCAGAUGUUAGCUGGAACUAGUCCUUCUGCAGAGCCUGCCAGCUUCACAUCAAAACCCUCUGUUUGCGUGGCCCUGUGUGGCCGUGGGAUCCGAAUCCCACCACUGUCUCCCACGGACCCUGGGAGGGGUGGCCAGGGCCCCGUCGGGGGCUGCACCGAAGUGACCACGGGAAGCCCCGUUCUGCCCCGAGUUCGUGCCUCUGCCUGCCCACACAUCCUCCGUGGCCUCUCGCCGUGGCUGCCCUUCCAGUGUGGACCGUGCCGACUCAGUACCUCUGGGUGUCUGGGAUGCUCGCAGACGUGGGGGGCACCGUCACCCAACACCAAACAAGUGCAAUUAACAAGAGCUCGGGCCUCGGUCCUUCUGGAAGCCUCCGGGGCCCAGCUCAGGGGGGCGCCUGGCAAGACAGCCUCCCAGGACGAGGAAACUGUCCAGUCGAAUGUCGCCCCUUCAAAUGCAAGACCACAGCCAAACCGCAGAACCACUGUGCGCCCCAGGGUUCCCAGUUGCUCCCGCCGUGCGGCCAGGCUGGGGACGGUGGCAGGGACCCUCUGCAUCCUCCCCGCCCACGGGUGUUCCCACCCGAGCAUCAGAAUAAAUUGUGCCAUUUUUGUA